GCCGGGCCGCGCGUGCGCUCUGCCGCCCUCCAUUGUCUCCACGGCGGCGAGGAGCGCCGGCGAGCGCAGCCCGGGACCGAGCGGGGCGGUGCGGCUGGCUGGCGGGGCCGGCGGCGGCUGGAGCCGGAGCGCGACGCCACGCGACUGCGGCUUCCAGAGCUCCGCCUGGCUGCCCCACCGCCGCGAGCCCUCCCGAGGCCUGAAGGAGUCCGGACCGUCGGCCCCGGUCGUCGAGUCCUGAGACCGGGGACGUGCGCGGCUCCCUGAGCCUCCGCCGCUUCCUGCUGCGGGCGGGCGGGCGGCCUCCUCCGGCGCCUCCCUCCCUUCGCUGCAGCUCCUCAGGCUCUCGAGCCCGGGGGCGGCCUGUAGCGCGCGGCGCCCGCUCCGGACCGCGCGUCUUCGGACCUUAAGGAGAACAUGCAUUCGGCUUGGACUGUUUGAAAUUCUUAGUUUGGGGUCCCCGCUCGCUUGCUUUUUCCGCCCCGCGGAUCUUCUGAGGUUUUUUUCCCUCUCUCUUUUUCAUUUUUCUCCCUCGGGGCUCUUUUGUAACCCCCCCCCCCUUUAUGUUCGCCCAGUCUUCCACCCGCUUCUGAGUAGUGGGGGAGGGUUUCGGCCUCGAGGUUCCCGCCCCACCGGGGCCCGGGCGAACAUGGGGGGCAAGCAGAGCACGGCGGCUCGCUCUCGGGGCCCCUUCCCGGGGGUCUCUACCGAUGACAGCGCAGUGCCGCCGCCGGGAGGAGCGCCCCACUUUGGGCACUACCGGACGGGCGGCGGUGCUAUGGGGCUGCGCAGCCGCUCGGUCAGCUCGGUGGCGGGCAUGGGCAUGGACCCCAGCACGGCCGGAGGGGUGCCCUUUGGCCUCUACACCCCAGCUUCCCGCGGGACCGGCGACUCAGAGAGGGCGCCGGGCGGCGGAGGGUCCACGUCGGACUCCACCUAUGCUCACGGCAAUGGUUACCAGGAGACAGGCGGCGGUCACCAUAGAGACGGGAUGCUGUACCUGGGCUCCCGAGCCUCGCUGGCGGAUGCUCUACCUCUGCACAUCGCACCCAGGUGGUUCAGCUCGCACAGUGGUUUCAAGUGCCCCAUUUGCUCCAAGUCUGUGGCUUCUGAUGAGAUGGAAAUGCACUUUAUAAUGUGUCUGAGCAAGCCUCGCCUCUCCUACAAUGAUGACGUGCUGACUAAAGAUGCGGGUGAGUGUGUGAUCUGCCUGGAGGAGCUGCUUCAGGGGGACACGAUAGCCAGGCUGCCUUGCCUGUGCAUCUAUCACAAAAGCUGCAUAGACUCCUGGUUUGAAGUCAACAGAUCUUGUCCAGAGCACCCUGCUGACUGACCCUGCUGGGCUGGCUUGCUGACUCCUCUCAAAGGUUUAUUUUAUUUAUUCCAAGUAAAUGCCCAGACCAGCUGACGGUGUCAGGCAAAUCAGGGACAUUUGCUCUUUUUACCUUCACCUCAAAAUCUGACGACAAGGGGAGAAGACAAAGCAAGGGUGAGAGUGAGGCAGGGGACUGGACCCUGGCUUCAGAAUGCAGGUCCAAAUGGCCCGCAUGAUGUUUGGCUUCCGGGGCCUUCCUGGACUGAACCAGACGCCCCGGCCGACCAGCCUGCCCUCAGAGGGACACGCUGCUGCCACCGUGAGAUAGAGCAGCAGCUCUCGGCCAGAUGGAGCACGACUGACUUCUUCCGACCCACACAGGGACAGACAGCCCUGUUCCUGGGAGGAGGCUCCUUGGACACUGCAAAGAACUGAGCUUGGGACACCAGAGGGAACAGGGCACCCCUUCUGCACUGACUUCCAGAAAAUGGUCCUCCCUCCUCCCUGAGGACACCAACUGGAUGAGAGCGAGUCUGAGAGAAGAAUGAAUUGACCUCUAUCCUUCCCCUCACCAUCAACCCAGGAGGGAAAGGGCAUUUUCUUUUUCACCUUUGAAAGGCGUUGUGGGUCUGUCUUUAAAGUGUUUACAACAACAAAAAAUUAUAUAAAAAAAAGUCUGGUGUCGACUGGUGUUUCCCUUGUGAUGUUUACAGAUUGCUGUUUGCUGCCCAGCUAAAGCCACUCAGUGACAGAACCAAGCAUAGCCAUGUCUUCACUGCUAGCACUCUGAGAGCGGGCGGGCACUCGGUCACUUCCUUCGCCCAACACCCCACUUGACUCUCUGUCACUAACCUUUCUACUUUGGGGGAUUUUUUUGUUUUCUUGUUUUUCUGUCCCAUCUUUCUGGCUUCGUUUUGCACUUUUCUCCCCUUAGUACCCUGGUACCUUGAUUUCCUUGCCAAAAAAAAGAAAAGGAAGAUGAAGAAGAGCCCAUCAAGGAUACUUCCCCUUCCAUUCCCAUGUCUUUCCUGCCUUUCCUCCUGGAUCUGGUCCAAUCAGAGGAUUUAACAAUCACAAAUACACUGAAAAAAAGCCUGGACAUUUUUCUUAGGCCCUUGUGGUUUUGUUUUGUUUUCCCUUGAGAAAACAUAAGACUUAUUUAAAGGAACAUGUACUGCUCCCUGUUUUCAGGCACACUGAGAACAUUUUAGCCAUUGAUAUUCACACGUGGCAUCAGCCCAUGCAGGAUAGAUUUCUGUAUUUAUAUAUUAAAAUACAAAAAAAAACCUUAUAAAAUAUUUUAAAAAUGUUCAAAGCUCGGGAGAAAAGCUUUUCAUCAGUCAAGGUGUUUUGAUAUGGUAUUAAAAUAAUAUCUAUAAAAGAUACACUGUGUGAUCUUAUUUUAAUGAAGUGUUGUACACAGUCAAGGAGUAGAGGGCAGAGACCAGUUCCCUCUGUCCACCUCCCCAGCACAGCACUCUCUUAGCACCUGGAGUGGCUCUUAGCCACACCUGGGCCGAGGCUGGGCGAUGGAGGCUCAGGUAUGGCUUUCAAGUUUAUGAAUUCUUAAGUAAUUGUCAGUCUACUGUCAUUGCUGAUUGUGAUGGAAUGUUUCUGGGAAGAUAGGGGCAAAGAUCUUGCAGUCAUCAGGUGCUGCAAGGAUGUGGGCACCUCCAGGUACCAGCCCUGCCCACCCUUCACAGCCUCUGCUCCCCGUCUUGUAUUCAGCUUGCCCGAUGCUCCAUCCACAGCUCAGUGCUGACUCAUGGGCAUGCUUCGCUGAGGCCCAGAAAGAGGCCUUGGUUUGGAACUAUGCCAGCUCACAGUGUCUGAACCAGAACCAGCCACUCAGCUCAUAAAUGUUGGCAAAUUGCAGGCUGGGCAGGAAACUCAGGGCAGGGGCGGCAGUGCAAACCUGCCCCGUCUCCUAGCCAGGUUCCAGGAGUUGCAUUUCAGGGCCUCCUGCAGAGCCAGCUAAGGAAAGCUCUGGAGGGAGAUGGCCACAUAUCUGUGCCAUGGCCAUUUCCAGACCUGCCCCUUGUACUGCUGCCUCAGGGCCCAGUCCCAACAGGCCCUCAAGUUUGGACUAUGCUACCAUUCUUGGUCUGAGGUCACCUAGCCUCAGAUGCCUCCUGAAGUACCUACUCUGUGUGGACAUUUGUCAGCCAGUGGGCACGCGCGAGCCCAGGCAGGCAGGCAGGCUCAGAGAACUGAAUGCUUUAGAGUCUGAGUGUUGAGACCUUGGGACCUGAGCUGUGAGCACUGUUAAUACUAGAAACUUCAUUGUCUAUGCUGGGGCAUUUUAUUUCCUGACAGAAUGGUGAGGCAGUAACUUCAUCAUGUGAAGUGGGGACACAGUGAUGCAGCUCUGAGUGAGGGUCAGGGAUCUGCCCCAAAGGCCUGGCACAUACACAGCAGGCUUCCUUGUAGCUUUGUCUAUCCCCAGCACCUCCAGCUUCUGCCUGGCAACUGUGUCUCCCUGUUCUAUAUAUAAUCCUACCAGCAGAACUGGCAGGGCAGGGCCCAGCCCUGAAAGCAAUCUCCUUGCCUGACCCCUGGGCCUGGAGACAGGCUUCAUGUGCCCACCUUGGCUAUGUGAGCCCAGCUGCUUUGGCGGAGCUGUGGCUGAGUCCGGUGGUUGAGUUGGUCGGGGCAGCGCUGGGCCCCACUCCGGGUGCUAUUCUAGGCUCUCUAGGCGGUGCUCAUCUCAUCCCCAGUGACUUCCGCCCCCACCCGGCACACCAAAGCCCUCUGUUGGCUGUCACGUCCUCUGGAUUUGGACCCAGAUUGCCGGUGCCUGGUGUGAGGGUGGAAUAGGCUUGUCUGGGCUUCCCAGGUGGCACUUGUAUUUGUCACCUGCCAUCCAGACCACUCUCUAGAACCCUCUGUUGCUCCUGCUCUGCCUUUCUAAGAGGAAGGAAAAUAUGGAAGAGCCAAAAGAUGGGUUCUUCCCCUUUGCACCAGGAGCCCAGAAGGCCUUCUGAGAGCUCCAGGAGCCCCUUUUGGAAACCGCCCAUCUAAUAGCCAUUUAAUAGUAUUGAAGCUCAUAGGAGAAUGUCCUUCUUAGGAGAUAGAUGCUGAACUAUAUAGUUGAGUGAUUUCAAGCAAUGUAUAAUCUAACUCCAAAUGGUUCCCCCAAAAAAUACACAAAGCAAAUAAGGCAAAAAUGUCCAUUGUUGAAUCUUCAACGACUGAUAUUCAGUGAAUAGUGUACUUGUUCUUUCAACUUUUCUGUAUGUUUGGAAUUUUCUUUAAUAAAAGAAAUUGUGGGGAAA